AUGGCCCUGCUGCUCUUGCUGCUCCUGGGCCUCCUGGGGCUCUGGGGGCUGCUCCGCGCCUGCACCCGAGACCCCUCCCCAGCCGCCCGCUGGCCCCCGGGGCCUCGCCCGCUGCCACUCAUCGGGAACCUACACUUGCUGCGUCUGUCACAACAGGACCGGUCUCUGAUGGAGCUCUCAGAACGCUAUGGGCCGGUGUUCACCGUGCACCUGGGGCGCCAGAAGACGGUGGUGCUGACGGGGUUCGAGGCGGUCAAAGAGGCGCUGGCGGGCCCCGGGCAGGAGCUGGCUGACCGGCCUCCCAUCGCCAUCUUCCAGCUCAUCCAGCGAGGUGGAGGCAUCUUCUUCUCGUCCGGGGCGCGCUGGAGGGCUGCCCGCCAGUUCACGGUGCGUGCCCUGCACAGCCUGGGCGUGGGCCGGGAGCCGGUGGCUGACAAGAUUCUCCAGGAGCUGAAAUGCCUCUCGGGGCAGCUGGACGGCUACAGAGGCCGGCCCUUCCCGCUGGCCCUACUGGGCUGGGCUCCCUCCAACAUCACCUUCGCGCUCCUCUUCGGCCGCCGGUUCGACUACCGGGACCCCGUGUUCGUGUCCCUGCUGGGUCUCAUCGAUGAGGUCAUGGUCCUCUUGGGGUCCCCUGGCCUGCAGCUGUUCAACAUCUACCCCUGGCUUGGGGCCCUGCUCCAGCUGCACCGGCCGGUGCUACACAAGAUCGAGGAGGUCCGUGCCAUUCUGAGGACCCUCCUGGAGGCGCGGAGGCCCCACAUGUGCCCAGGGGACCCUGUGCGCAGCUAUGUGGACGCCCUGAUCCAGCAGGGACAGGGGGGUGACCCCGAGGGCCUGUUUGCUGAGGCCAACGCGGUGGCCUGCACCCUGGACAUGGUCAUGGCCGGGACAGAGACAACCUCGGCCACGUUGCAGUGGGCCGCACUUCUGAUGGGCCGGCACCCAGAUGUGCAGGGCCGGGUGCAGGAGGAGCUGGACCGCGUGCUGGGCCCUGGGCGGCCUCCCCGGCUGGAGGAUCAGCAGGCUCUGCCCUACACAAGCGCUGUGCUCCACGAGGUGCAGCGGUUCAUCACGCUCCUGCCGCACGUGCCCCGCUGCACCGCCGCCGACAUGCAGCUGGGCAGUUUCUUGCUCCCCAAGGGCACGCCCGUGAUUCCCUUGCUGACCUCGGUGCUCCUGGAUGAGACACAGUGGCAGACCCCAGGCCAGUUCAACCCGGGCCAUUUCCUGGACACGGACGGGCACUUUGUGAAGCGGGAGGCCUUCCUGCCUUUCUCUGCAGGCCGCCGAGUCUGCAUUGGGGAGCGCCUGGCCAGGACCGAGCUCUUUCUGCUGUUUGCCGGCCUCCUGCAGAGGUACCACCUGCUGCCCCCGCCUGGCACCAGCCCGGCCUCCCUGGACACCACGCCCGCCCGGGCUUUCACCAUGAGGCCGCGGGCCCAGGCCCUGUGUGCGGUGCCCAGGCCCUAG